GUUUGUUAUGCGAGAAUGGAGUUGAAUCGGGCGGAUCACUUGAUCAUGGUAGUGGAGGGCGCCGAGUGCGAGUGCUGCGGGCUGGCGGAGGACUGCACCGCCGAGUACGUCGGCGGGGUGAAGGCGGAGUUCGCGGGGAAGUGGCUGUGCGGGCUGUGCGCGGAGGCGGCGAGGGAUGAGGCGGCGAAGAAGAAGAAGAAGGGCGGCGGCGGCGGCGGAAUGGAGGAGGCCGUGGCGGCGCACGUGUCCUUCUGCAGGAGCUUGCGCUCGAGCCCGCCGGCGGUGCGCGUGGCCGACGGGAUGAGGCAGAUGCUGCGGCGGAGAUCGGUGGAACUUCCGGCCAAGAGGUCGGAGGGGAAGUCGGAGGAGGGAUCAUCGCCAGCGGUGGGUUUUGAGGAAUAGACUCUGCUUAGCUCUGAAGGAGCUUUUGACUUUUCAGGACCUCUAGUGGUCAACCAGGUUUUGACUUUUUGACAUGAGAAGUAAUGGAGAAAUUUGUGCGUUUCUUCUUCGAACCUAAAUGAUUAGCCUAAUGAACCCAGU